AUGGAGAAAAUAGAAGAACCUGUAGGUUACCUGGUGCUGGACAAGGACUUCUGUUGGUCACAGGCCCUGGCCGUACCCUACUUAGUGACUCAGUGCCUUGACACCCCUGUAGCCAAUUCAAGACAGCUCCUCUUAGAAAGAACUGUCAUCUCCAAACACGUAGAGAGACACUCUCUCUGUCUUUCGAUUACAAUCAUUAUUUCCAGAAUGGAGAAGAUGAUGAUGAUGAUGAAGAUAUUGAUUAUGUUUGCUCUUGGAACGAACUACUGGUCUUGCUCAGGUUUCCCAGUGUACGACUACGAUCCAUCCUCCUUGAGGGACGCCCUCAGUGCCUCUGUGGCAAAAGUGAAUUCCCAGUCACUGAGUUCGUAUCUGUUUCGGGCAUUCAGAAGCUCAUUAAAAAGAGUUGAGGUCCUGGAUGAGAACAGCUUGGUCAUGAAUUUAGAGUUCAGCAUCCGGGAGACUACAUGCAGGAGGGAUUCUGGAGAAGAUCCUGCUACAUGUGCCUUCCAGAGGGACUACUAUGUGCCCACAGCUGUUUGCAGAAGCACCGUGAAGGUAUCUGCCCAGCAGGUGCAGGACGUGCAUGCUCGCUGCAGCUGGUCCUCCUCCACGUCCGAGUCUUACAGCAGUGAAGAGAUGAUUUUUGGGGACAUGUUGGGAUCUCGUAAAUGGAGAAACAAUUCUCUAUUUGGUCUCAUUCCAGAUGAGUCCACAAGUGAACAAUUUUAUGAUCAGUCACUUGAGAUCAUGAGAAGGGUUUUGCCUCCUGGAAACAGAAGAUACCCAAACCACCAGCACAGAGCAAGAAUAAAUGCUGACUUUGAGUAACAGCCUUGAGGUAAGAAAAUGUAGGUGCACACAUGUGUAUUUAGAAAUAGAAGCUAUGUGGAGUGAAUGCCUUAAAACUGCCGGCCUCCAGAUAUCUACAAUGUACUAUUCAAAUCUUUGCCUUUUGGCUUCUACGACCGCCUUCCCAAGACUUCUCCUCAAUUGCCUCUUCAAUCUCAUGCACCCUCAAUCUUUUUCCCAUGACAUUUGUAUCUGUUGCCACUGAUGUGAUCAAGUCUAUCCAUUUGAGGAGCAAACAAACAACAAGGGCACAGUCCCUUCUUUUGGCUCAUCUCAUCCAUCUAAGCAACUACCUUCCCUCCAUCCUUCCUUCCCUGCUAAACUUUUUGACACAACUGUGGUCUCUGGUUGCUUCCUCAACCUCCUCACCUCACAUCUAUGAAAUACCAUCU